UUUGGACAGAGACAGCGUUUAAGAGUGAGCGGUCCACUUGUACGGCGGGGCACACUAAUAAAACUGAAGUAUAAAGUAAAGCAGGUAUGUAUCGGAAUCUCUGCACCGUUACAUAUCUGGUAGCGUCACAUAUGUAGAUAUUCCUUGGUGGUAUUGAUUGGGUAAUAAUUUCCUACCGGACUGGUAGUAAAUUGUUCCAGGGUGGUAAAUAUUUCAUUACGACAACAUUACUCAAGAGUAGUUCCUGCUAUUACCGAUGCCAGAAGAGUCACAUAGGGCACACACGCGCCACCUAUCGGAGGCUAAGUUACGUGAAAACAAACAGAACGAGGAGCCUGUAUUAAUCCGUAAAAAAACAUGGCCACGAUGCAGGACACGGUUUACGACGGCCUGAUCACCUUAUUCGUUUACCUGUUCGACACACUAAUUCCAAUCUUCCGAAAAAUCCGGUUCUUCAUCCUCCUCCCGUUUACCCCGAUUUUGAAGCCCAUCACGGACUACCUGUUUGCCAGCAUCGGAAUUAAGGUGAGCUCCGAAAUGAAGGGGUCACACGCCGACAUUUGCGUCCUGGAUAAGCGCUUCUACGCCCGAUUGUGGUCCGACCAGGAGCUCGGUUUUCAAGAAAUGUACGUUGAGGAGUGGUGGACGACGGAAAAUAUGGACGCCCUUUAUGAAAAAAUUGUCGCCUUUUUCGAAAAAAAUCGCUGGAUUGCUAAGGCCCACAUUGCCUACUGGGAGGCCCAAUUUCGUUGGGCCCUCUUGAACACGGGGCGGGAAGGGCAUAACUUCAGUGCCCCGCCGGAAUAUGACUUGCCUCCCGCCUACUUCAAACUGAUGACGGACAAGGAACACAUGCAACUCUCGGCGGGUUACUAUGCCUACGGAGCGACCAACUAUGCCGAAGCGCAGGUCGGAAAGCUGACCCUGAUAGCGGCCAAACUCGGCCUUAAAGCGGGAAUGACCCUGCUGGACUUAGGCUGUGGGUAUGGCGGUCUCUCCAAAUUCAUGGCGGACAAUUAUGGCGUCACCGUCGUGGGAGUCACGGUUUGCGGGACGAUGGCAAAACAGGCCAGGAAGCACUGCUCCGGUAGUAAUGUGACCAUUAAAAAGCACCAUUGGAGAAAAUUGGGGGGAAAAUUCGACCGCAUAACGGUCAUUGAAAUGUUGGAACAUGUCGGGAAACAGAAUUAUGACGAGUUUUUUAGAAAAAUUGAAUCCCUCCUGAACCCUGGGGGCCAGGUUCUAUUUCAGCAUUACGUCACGGACCAUAAUGUCCCCCACUUUUCCGAGUUUUACUGUAAAUACCAAUUCGGCCAGGUUUACUUCCCCUCAUUCCACGAGUUCGUCGAGCCUUCGUCCAAGUACUUGCGCAUCGCCAACACUCAAGACUUGACGAUUGACGCGUCCCUCACCUGUCAACACUAUCUCGACAUGGUGGACAACAAUCGGGCCGAGAUGGAAGCCUUGGUAGGGCCCAAGGUUUGGAGGGCCCUUCGAAUCACGUACGCCAUACCGUUCGCUCAUGGGAAAUUCGGAACCUUAAUGAUCUAUCAGACCGUCCUGGUGAGAAAGGAUGAGAAGAGCAGGGUACCCCUGGCACAGUGAAGGGCCGUCGGUUUUUAAUUACCCCGCCGCCUUGAUUGUAGAAUAUACACUCAAAAUAAAAAUUUGUCGAAUCAACACCGCCGGUGUCAAUAUAUGACUUAACCGUCUUGGUUACAAUGUUGAAUCCGAGUUAUGAUGAUUUUAAUACCGGUAGUUAUAAUGUUAUGACCGGACGGAAAAAAUUCAUUACUACUCGGAAUCACAAUUGUAACCAAGGCGGUUAAGUCAUAUAUUGACACCGUUUUGUUUGGAGUGUACCCAAUAUGAAUGUGUGUACCUCUGGUACACAAGUAUGUACCAUAGGUACAGUAUGUCAAUUAUUUAGUGCUACGAUUUUACAUCCAUGUAAAAUUUCAGUUUUCUGGGAGAUGAUUAAAAAUUCAAUAUUUUACAAUUGUGGAAUUUACAAAUAUUUAUUAUGGCCCAACUUUGGCAGGUGAGAAAUAUGUAUGUAUGUAGAUACAUC